AUGGGCGACAAUGCUUCCACCCACUACCCUGCCGCCAUGAACACCAUCUCCCGACAGAUGCGACGCCCGGGCAUACAGAGAGCCGUAUUCUCCUUUUCCCAACAGGCGCCUUCUGAACUGGUCAGAGCGAAACUCUCAACCAGUGAAAUCGCACAUCGAGCCCUCACCUACAUUUCUGAAGAACAUCUGCAAAAUAUUCCCGAAGAUGACAACACAUACUCCUUAUUCCAGGGAUUUCAGGCGUCUUUGCCUGAAGGGGAAUCCGAACAUCGCAAAGGACACCGACGGCGCAGUUCCAAGCAGCACAGGCUUUUGGGUGCUGGAGAUAUUGAAGAGGAUGGCCCUCCAUCGAUACAAAACCUCAAGAAGAAGAGGAACAAUGUCAACCACAGGUUGGAGAUGAUGGCUAUACGGAAAAAUAUGUGCACCACAGAGAUUCGAGACAUUGACAUGAAAAUCGCCAACCUGCACAAUAUGCGGAAGCUCGCCGUUGAAAGAUUGGCGGACCUCGAAAACGACGAAGCCGAGGUUGAGCAUGAGCUACAUGAACUUGACAACAAAAUCGAAGAGAUGCAAGAGGAGCUCGAGGAGCAAGGUGCAAUGGACCAGUCUACUAGCACCCUCAAUGCGCCCCGUGUAGCCACACCCGAAUCUGAAGCAAUGGAUGCCUCCUUCAUGUCCCAGUCCAUUUACGACAAGUUGCCCUCUUCUUCUUCUCCGAAGACAAAGCGCAGGCCAAAGUAUUCUAAGAGAAGAUCUAUGCCGGUGUUGCACGAGCAUCUCGAACCUGGUUCACACAUCAAGACCAUUCCCGCUCACAAUGACUCGAUCUCCACCAUUGACUUUGACCAACCGUUCGGGACAAUGGUCACUGCAGCAUUGGACGACACGGUCCGCGUGUGGGAUUUGAAUCUUGGCCGCUGCAUGGGCUUUCUGGAAGGCCACACCGCAUCGGUUCGCUGUCUCCAGGUUGAAGACAAUAUUGUGGCAACCGGAAGCCUUGAUGCCACCAUCCGACUGUGGGAUCUGAGCCGUGCCAAGUACGAACCCUACGAACACAAAAUACUCGAAAACGGCGACGACGACAAAGGCGAUGAAGACGAUGGCCUGGGUUUUGGGAACGAAAAUGAAGAUGCUCCGCCUCCACCACCCCCAGAUGCGAUGGAAGAGUGCCCGCUCUUUGUGCUCGAGGCUCACGUUGAUGAAAUCACUGCAUUGCACCUUCGUGGUGAUAUGCUGGUCUCUGGAUCAGCAGAUAAGACACUGCGGCAGUGGGACCUGGUGAAAGGCCGGUGUGUCCAGACGCUUGACGUAUUGUGGGCAGCAGCUCAAGCUAGUUCAACAAUCAACAGUACAGAACCGCAGUGGCGGCCGACUGGGCGAUCUGCAGAUUCCAAUGCCGACUUUGUCGGGGCUUUGCAAUGCUUCGACGCAGCGCUGGCCUGCGGUACAGCCGAUGGAAUGGUCCGACUAUGGGAUCUUAGAAGUGGACAGGUCCAUAGAAGUUUGGUGGGGCAUACAGGGCCAGUGACAUGCCUUCAAUUUGAUGAUACUCAUCUUAUUACCGGUAGCGCUGACAGGAGUAUCAGAAUAUGGGAUCUCCGCACAGGAACGAUUUUUGAUGCGUAUGCCUACGAUGCGCCAAUCACGAGCAUGAUGUUUGACUCGCGACACAUUGUUUGUGCCGCGGGCGAGGACGUCGUCAAGGUCUACGACAAGGCUGAUGGGCGCCACUGGGAUUGUGGCGUUGGCGCCAACACCAGCGUUGAGGAUCGGAUGGCCGGCACUAAGACGAGUAUUGUUGAUCGCGUCAGACUGAAAGAUGGAUAUUUGAUCGAGGGAAGGAGGAAUGGAGAAGUUGGAGUCUGGAAGUGUUGA